AUGGCUGGCGAAAAUAAAAUUGUUCGCGUUGGACUCAUUGGAUGUGGUGAAAUCACUCAAGUCGCCCAUAUUCCAACUCUUGGAUUCCUUUCAGACUAUUUCCAAAUCACAUUUCUUUGCGAUGUCUCCCAGAAUGCAAUUGAUCACUGCAAGGGUAAAGUUAUUGGGCCAAGCCCGAGCACAACUCGCAACGCAGAAGAUCUAUGCGCCUCUCCAGACGUUGAUCUUAUUAUGAUUGCCAAUAGCGAUGCUUUCCAUGUCCCCCACGCUCUAUUGGGUCUCAAAUAUAAUAAGUUCGUAUUUAUUGAGAAGCCUAUGGCUCUCUCAUUGAAUGACGCAGACUCCAUCAUUCAGGCAGAGAAGGAGUCAUCUAGCAAAGUGAUGGUCGGAUAUAUGAGGCGAUAUGCCUCUGGAUUCCUCGAUGCAAUCAAGGAAAUUGGCAGCUUGGACAAGAUUUGUUACGCCCGUGUACGAGACAUUGUUGGUCCCAAUUCCUCCUUCGUCGGUCAAUCUGGCACUUUCCCCAAGGUCUUCUCCGACUACAGAUCGGAGGACUCCAACGAACUAUUUGCCAGGACGAACGAGUUCCUUGAACAGGCGUUAAGUAAGGAACUCAAUAUUCCAGUCACGCCAGCUACUGCCCUUCAGUGGAGGCAUUUGGGUAGCUUGGGAUCCCAUGAUCUGAGUGCUAUGAGAGAGGCCCUGGGUAUGCCAACAGCCGUUCUUGGUGCUUCGCUAUGCGCCACAAAGGGUCCCCCUUUCUGGAGUGCCCUUUUCCAGUACCCUUCUUUCGCUGUAUCUUAUGAAUCCGGCAUUGACGAAGUUCCCCGCUUUGAUGCAUCAAUUGAGGUUUUUGGUGAACAUAAGACCGUAAAGGUUUCUUUUGACUCUCCUUAUGUUAAAGGACUGCCAACCACUAUGCAUAUUCGCGAAAGACUUGAGGAUGGAUCUUUCCGAGAGUCAUUAGUUCGAAAGACCUACGAGGAUGCCUACACCCUGGAGAUGAAGGAGCUUUAUGCAUUCGUUGCCGAUGGAAAGCCGGCCAAAACGGACUGCGAAGAUGCGAAGAAGGAUAUUGAGAUCUUUGGUAUGAUUAUGAAGGCAGGUCUUGCAGGCCAAGCUGGACAGAGCAACGGUUCCCGAUAG